AUGUCGAAGUUGCAAUCGCAGGUUCCGGUCGAGGUGGUGGAAGAUUUGAGUAAUAGGAAUGGGGGGUUGGACGGGGUAAAUGCAUCUGGGAAUGAGAAUCCAGGGGCGGAGAGAAAGAAAGUGGUGGUUGUUGGGUUGGGGAUGGUGGGGAUUGCUUUUAUAGAGAAAUUGAUGAAAUUGGAUGCGAAGAAGAGAGAAUACGAUAUCGUGGUCAUAGGCGAAGAAUCACAUCUCGCAUAUAAUCGAGUUGGUCUGACGAGUUUUUUUCAACAUCGGAUUGUGGAGAAUUUGUAUCUGAAUCCGAAAACUUGGAUUAGUAUGCGGAUGUUCCGGCCGGGUCCCUCAAUUAUCAUAUCAAUACCAAGGUUGUGGAGAUUUGUCAUUCCAGCAAAAAAGUUACGUGUGCGUCGGGCGAAAACGGUCGCGUAUGAUAUUCUUGUUUUGGCUACGGGAUCUGAUGCCCUUGUGCCGACGCAAACACCCGGGCAUGAUGCCGAAGGAGUUUUUGUGUAUCGAAAUAUAGAGGAUUUGGAAAAUCUUAUCCGGUUUUCGGAUCAGAAAAAGGAUACACAUGGGCUUGUGGUGGGUGGAGGACUCUUGGGCCUCGAAGCUGCGAAAGCUAUGAUGGAUCUGGAGAAUUAUAAAAAAGUACAUUUGAUUGAGCGGAACAAGUGGGUGUUGAGUCGACAGCUUGAUUCUGAUGCUGGAGGCUUGGUGGUGGAACAGGUGAGAGGAUUGGGUUUGGAUGUCAUGUUGUCCAAACGAGUUGGCAAGAUCGAGGUGACAGAGGAGAACGAGGUGAAGGGUGUGGUGUUUGAAGAUGGAGACGAGAUGGAAUGCUCGACCAUCUGUUUUGCCAUCGGUAUCAAGGCUCGCGACGAACUUGCCCGUCAAGCAGGCAUUAAAUGCGCGGAGCGCGGAGGAGGAAUCGUCGUCGGAGAUGAUUUGAGUACGAGUGUCAAAGACGUCUACGCGAUUGGCGAGUGUGCGAGUUGGGAGAAUCAAACCUUCGGGUUGAUUGCGCCGGGAAUCGAAAUGGCAGAUGUGUUGUCGUUCAACUUGACACAGGCAAAGAUGCAUGCGUAUCGGAAAUUUAAGCGACCCGAUCUCAGCACGAAGUUGAAGUUGUUGGGAGUGGAGGUUGCCAGUUUUGGGGAUUUCUUCGCGGAUAGAGAUGGGCCUAAAAAUUUACCGAUGAGAGCGGCGAGGAAGGAUAAAGAUUCUUCGGGUUCUUCGAUACAAUUGACGACUGAACCUAGGCCGUCACCGGUUAAGGCACUUACGUACAAAGAUCCUUUCCAAGCUGUCUACAAGAAAUAUUUGUUCACCAUGGAUGGAAAAUAUCUCUUGGGUGGUAUGAUGAUUGGAGACACGAAAGAUUAUGUCAAACUGGUGCCUAUGGUAAAGAAUCAAAAGAUGCUAGAUGUACCACCUAGUCAGUUUAUCCUCGGAGCCAGCAAGGAAGGUGAUGAAGGUGGAGACGACUUGGACGACGACACUCAAAUAUGCUCAUGUCACAAUGUCAGCAAAGGAGACGUCGUCCAUUCAGUCAAGCAAGGCACAUGCAAAAGCAUCGGAGACGUCAAAUCAUGCACCAAAGCCGGAACGGGAUGUGGUGGCUGCAUGCCCCUGGUAACCAGCAUCUUCAACAGUACGAUGAAGUCCAUGGGUCAAGAAGUCAAAAAUCACAUCUGUCCUCAUUUCAACUACUCACGCGCAGAUCUCUAUAACAUUAUUUCCGUCAAGGGUUUAAAGACCCUCGCGGAGGUAAUGCGAGAAGCGGGAAAUGACCCCGAGAGUCAGGGAUGCGAAGCGUGUAAACCUUCGAUCGGAUCGAUCUUCAGCUCGCUCUACAACAAACACGUUAUUUCGCGUCCGCUGCAUGGGCUUCAGGAAACUAACGAUCGUUUCUUAGCGAAUAUUCAACGAAAUGGUACGUUCUCUGUUGUGCCACGAGUAUCUGCGGGAGAAAUCACGCCGGAUAAGUUGAUCCUUAUAGGAAAUGUGGCGAAGAAAUAUAAUCUCUACACUAAGAUUACCGGCGGUCAGAGAAUCGACAUGUUUGGAGCGAAGAAACAGGAUCUUCUGGCGAUCUGGAAGGAGCUGGUAGAAGGAGGUAUGGAAUCUGGUCAUGCGUAUGCGAAGAGUUUGCGGACGGUCAAGAGUUGUGUGGGAACUACUUGGUGUCGGUAUGGUAUUGGAGAUUCGGUGGGGAUGGCGGUUCGAUUGGAGGAGAGGUAUAAGAGUAUUCGAUCGCCGCAUAAGAUUAAGGGAGGUGUCAGUGGAUGUGUGAGGGAAUGUGCUGAGGCGCAGAAUAAAGAAAAAAGGUUUCAAUAUUUUUGUUGGCGGAAAGGUGGCGCUACACCCCCGUCACAGCGAGCUCCUAGCCAAAGAUCCGAUAAACUACAACGUACAGCCCGAUGGCUGGAAGCUCUUCCCGGCGGGAUCAAAUAUCUCCGCGAAGUUAUCUUGGAAGAUAAGCUAGGUAUUUGUGCGAGUUUGGAAGCGCAGAUGGAGGAAUUAGUGGGGAGUUUCUUUGAUGAAUGGAAAGCUGCGAUUGAGGAUGAGGAAAUGAGAGAAAGGUUUAAUCAGUUUGAUAAUUGUGAUGAUCGGGUUGAGAAUAUGGAUGUGCAGGUUGAGCGGGGACAAACGAGACCGGUGGAUUGGACGAAGGAGAGUGCGAAGACGGAUUUCAGGAAUGUGAAGUGGACGAGUUUGAAUUGGGAGAGGGUGAUUAAGAAAGAUCAUUUUAAGGGCGCGGAUAAGGCGCCCAGUGGGAUUUCGGCAAGUGUGAAGAGGGGGGAUACGCAGUUUGGCGGUUGGAGAGUACAGGGGAGAUGGUUGGCAAAGUCAGCAGAUGUGUCCGCAUAA